UGCGGCAUUUGCUUUGUUUGAUGUUGCAUAUUACACUAGAGUUGUAAUUUCCUUUAUUCUGUACACAUGGAAGGGAAAAUUUAAGCGAAUGCCGAUUUUGGAUGAAAGCAUAAUAAAUGGAGUGUGUUGGACAAGUGAUCUAGAUGCAAAUUGGCACAUGAACAAUUCACGCUAUCUCCGUGAAUGCGAUUUUGCCAGGCUGAAAUUUUUUCUGGAAAAGGGCAUUUUUAGUGGCCUUUGGAAAAGCAAUGCUUCAAUCAUUAAUGGAGGAAGUACCAUAAGAUACAGAAAAUCUCUGAACUUCAUGGACUUUUUCUUCAUAAAAUCAAAAAUACUCCACUGGGAUUCAAAAGCAUUUUACCUAGAGCAUCAAAUCAGAGAAACAAAAACUAACUUUGUGUCAGCAAUUGCACUUGUCAAAAUGGUUGUGAAAGGAGCCAGUCCUGACACAGUGCUAAAUAAAAUGGACAUCACCUUAAGUUCACCAGCACCACCACCUGAGUUACAAAGAUUUAUAGAACUAAAUCAGAUAUCUAGUGAAAAACUAAGAAAAGCUAUGUAAUUUAUCAAACUUGAUCAAUGUAAACUGUGAUAAAUGUAUAUAUAGAAAUUAAUCAGGUCUCAAAUGAAAACUCAGGGAAAUCAUGCAUGUACCAUGUAUGUAUGUUAUCAAUAAAUUUGAAGAUAAGGUAAUUAUAAGACUUAAUGCCAAGAUCAGUUUUAAUGUCAGUGACUGUUUCUUAAAUUUUUUUAAAAAAAUACCAGUUUGUGUAAUUUCAUCAUCUUACCAACACUCAA